UACAGAUGACCUCACGUCCGGUGCGGGCGGUUGGCGCCUAGCAACGGCCGCCUCAGGAGUGUCCUGGACUCUCACAGCUGAAGUUUUCCUAUGAAGUACAAUGGUCCUUAUCACCAAUGACCGACCAAGGAGGGACGAUGCCAGAAACCACAUGUCUGGGAGGAUAUUAGACCUCACCCUGGAGAUAAUCUACUGGAUAACUGGAGAGGAUUACACAGUAGUGAAGAAGUCGUCUGGUGAGUGUGUGACCCCCCGUGUGUCAGGAGGGCGGGGCAGGAGCCAGAGCCCCGCCCCCGAGGAGCCUCCACCUCAUUCACUGAUACAUGAGCAGAAGAUCCUAGAACUUACCUCCAGGAUCACUGAGCUGCUGACUGGAGAGGUUCCUAUAAGGUGUCAGGAUGUCGCUGUCUAUUUCUCCAUGGAGGAGUGGGAGUAUUUAGAAGGACACAAGGAUCUGUACGCAGACAUAGUCAUGAUGGAGGAUCAGCAGCCCCUCACAUCACCACUGGAUGGAUCCAGUCAGAGAAAUCCCCCAGAGAGAUGUCCCCGUCCUCUAUAUUCCCAGGAUUGUAAAGAGGAAGAGCAGAAUGUCCCUGUGGAUCAUCAGGAAAGUGAUGUUGGAAUAAGGAGUGAACCUGAAAAACCGGAAUCCGUGUCAGUGAAUGGUGAAGACUGCGUGAAAGGCUCCCAUGGACGUCCCCAUUUAUUUCCCUAUUAUGUAACAGAACAUGACUAUGCCACAAAAGCUAAUUAUUCAUCAACUCCUAAUGUACCCAUAGUCCUUCACAGCAGUGAUCUAUCCACCGAUACAGCUGAACACCAGAAUCCUUCCUCUAAUCCGUCACUGAAUGUCCAACAAAGAACUGGACAUAGGCGUUCUUUGCAUAAUUUUCAACUUUACUAUCAAGACAGGCAGUUUUCAUGUUCAGAAUGUGGAGAAUCUUUUACCCAGGCCAAAACUCUUGUAAAUCAUCAAAGAAUUCACACAGGAAAGAAGCCAUUUUCAUGUUCUGAAUGUGGUAAAUGUUUUCUCCUGAACAAAAGUCUUGUUGCACAUCAGAGAACACACACGGCAGAGAAACAGUUUUCAUGUCCUGAAUGUAGAAAAUGUUUUCACCUGAAAGGAAAUCUUGUUUCAUAUCAGGGAAUUGACACAGAAGAAAAGCCAUUUUCAUGCCCUGAAUGUGGGAAAUGUUUUCCCAUGAGAGAAAAUGUUGUUGUACAUCAUACAACUCUUACAGGGCAGAAGCUAUUAUUAUGUCCUAAAUGUGGCAAAUGUUUUUGCAAUGAAUCAAAACUUGAGAAACAUCUAAGAAGUCACACAAGCAAGAAGCCACUUUCAAAUCAUAAAUGCGAUAAUAGUUGUAACCAAAAAUGUAACCAUAGGACAAAUCCAAGAAGUCACACAAGGGAGAAGCGAGAAUUUUCAUGUUCAGAGUGUGGAAAAUAUUUUAGACGAAAAUAUAAUCUUUCUCAACAUCUAAGAAGUCACAAAGGGGAGAAGCGAUUUUCAUGUUCAGAUUGUGGGAAAAAAUUUGUCUCUAAAACUGGUUCCAUUAUGCAUCAGAGAACUCACACUCGCGAGAAGCCUUUUUCAUGUCUUAAAUGCGGUAAAUGUUUUGCUUGGAAGUCAGCACUUAGGAUGCAUCUAAAACGUCACACAGGGGAAAAGGUGUUUUCAUGUUCAGAAUGUGGAAAAAGUUUUGGUACUAAAUGGUGUCUUCUUACGCAUCAGAAUACUCACACAGGUGCAAAGCCAUAUACAUGUCCUGAAUGUGAGAAAUGUUUUAGUCAGAAAUCAAGCCUUAGGACACAUCUAAAAAUUCACACAAGGGCAAAGCCAGUUUCAGGUCCAAAAUUAGGGGAUAAGCCAUUUUUAUGUCCAGAAUGUGGGAAGCAUUUUAGUUCCAAAUCAAGUCUUAGGGAACAUCUAAAAAUUCACACAGGGUUGAUGCCAUUUUCAUGUUCAGAAUGUGGCAAACAGUUUAGGAAGAAAGCAAAUCUUCUCCUUCAUCUAAAAAGUCACACGGGAGAGAAGCUUUUAUGUUUAGAAUGUGGAAAAUAUCUUACGACCAAAUGGGGCCUUGCUCACCAUCAAAAAACUCACACUGGGGAGAAGCCAUUUACAUGCUCAGAGUGUGGAAAACGUUUUAUCAAGAAGCCAAACCUCGAGCAACAUUUGAGAACUCACACAGGAGAGAAGCCGUUUUCAUGUUCAGAGUGCGGUAAAUGUUUUGCAACAAGAUCCGGUUUAGUGAAACAUAAGGGAAAGCACACUGGUAAGAAGCUGUUGUAGUGUGUACCUUGAAAUAAAAUGUGGCAGGCGUGGAUCUACUGCCUGAGAACAACACCUUCUGAGGUACACCAUAAGACGUUCCGGUCAUUUCAAAAAAGUUUAAAAACUUGCAUGGUUUUGUUAGAUUAUCUCGGAGUGACAAUUACCUCAGAUUCUACAUAUCCCACUGACAAAUAUGAAUACGAUAAAGCACUGAAGACUUCUCUUACAUUCAUGGGUCGCGCAAGCUUACAAAAAAUCCUUGAUGUUCCUAAAGUCCUAUAUCUAAUACAGUCCAUCCUGCUAUAGCUCAGUCACAAAGGCAACACAAAAUGAAGUAUGUCUAUUCAAUCUUUAUUUGGAGCAACAGCAAACAUCCUAAAUUUCUUGUAGAAUACUGCAUUGGUGAUCGAAGUUUUCUUAAUAUAUAUUCCUUGAGGAGGACCUGUCACUAGUUAUUUUAUAUAACUAUAUUUUAUGUUAAUUUAUGUUGUUUUUCAAUAGGCCCUCCGUUCCCUAGAAAUGCCCCUUCCCUGUUGAAUUUGGCUCUGUACAUGCAGCGUCUACUGAGGGGGAUUUCUUCUCCCCUGAGCAGGGAGCAGAAUUGUGCCACCUUGGCAUUCUUGCGAGUGGCCAUUAGGUCCCCUUGUGGACCACGUCUGGACUGAUCCACAUGCUAGAGAGCCAAGGAGUCUGUCAGCCAAGGAGUUGGAACUUCCCUCGAUGUGAUCCCCCUAAUGAAAAUCCAACUAUGUAAAAUCUAAACCCCUCCUGUUAUCUAUUCAUAACAUUAGUAGGCAACCCCGGCUUCAAAGAUGGCCAACCUUACCCAAUCAUCAACAUUUGGCACUGCAAAGCCUUGUUUCUAUUUUGCACUUUGUAGAUACAUCUACCAAAAAAGAAUGUAAUGACUUCCUUCUUCAGGAAAUCCUCAGCUGGUAAUAUGUUAGUGGAUAUGUCUAGAUCUCAUCCUAGACACAAAUGUGAAAUAGACGGAUUUAAAGCUGCUGCUUUGGUCUAAAGGACAGAGAAGUUACAGUGAGUAAAAAAUAUGCUUUCCUUUAUGUCCUGCAGCAGCAGCACUAAUGGGAUUUAGCAAUAAAAGAGAUUUUUGUCAGUGAUUAAGUGUAUAUUGGAGCCCAUAAAAGGAAAAAGAAAUCAAAAGUAUCAGAUAACAGUGAGAGGUCACUUGACAAAAAGAAAAAGCUGGUUACUUGUUCCAGUGUAUGACAAUGAGGAGUUAAAGGGGUAUUCCGGGCAAAAACAUUUUAUCCCCUAUCCAAAGGAAAGGGGAUAAGAUGUCUGAUUGCGGGGGUCCUGCUGCUGUGACCCCCGUAAUCUCCCUGCAGCACCCGCAUUCUAUGCGUCUGUAAUGCUAAUUAACCCCUUAAGGACCCAGAGCAUUUUCACCUUAAGGACCAGAGCAUUUUUUGCACAUCUGACCACUGUCACUUUAAGCAUUAAUAACUCUGAUGCUUUUACCUUUCAUUCUUAUUCCGAGAUUGUUUUUUCGUGACAUAUUCUACUUUAUGUUAGUGGUAAGUUUUUGUCGAUACUUGCAUCGUUUCUUCAAAAAAAAAAACAAAGUAUUCAAAAUGACAUUCAGAAAGUGUGUUAACCCUUUAGAUUUUUCACAGGAAUAGCAGCAAAGUGAAGGAGAAAAUUCAAAAUCUUCAUUUUUUACACUCGCAUUUGUAACCCAAUAUGUGUAUGUCAAGUGUACGGCGGGUGCAGUAGAGGGCUCAGAAGGGAAAGAGCGACUGGGAUUUUGGAGAGUGAGUUUUUCUGA